AUGUGGGAACCAUCCCAGAAGAUAGAAGCUAUGCUCCCUGAGGUGGAUGGAGCUUCCUUGGAGCAAGAGCAGAGAGCGCAGGCCCUGGAGCGUACCCAAGAUGCCCUUUCCCUUCCCAGUGGCUGUGGAGAGAUGCUGUUGAGGUGUCGUCUUUUCAGAGGUGUGGAAGCGGCUGCUGAACCUCCAGCCCAGCACCAGAGAACCCACACAGGAGAGAAACCUUUUGAAUGCUCAGAGUGUGCAAAGAGAUUCAGUGACAGGAGAAAUCUUAAACACCAUCAGAGAACCCACACAGGAGAGAAACCUUUUGAAUGCUCAGAAUGUGUAAAGAAAUUCAGUCAAAAUCGCAAUCUUCAACUGCAUCAAAGCAUCCACAGAGGUGAGAAACCUUUUGAAUGCUCAGAGUGUGGAAAGAGAUUCAGUUGGAGUGGCAGUCUACACCAGCAUCAGAGAACUCACACUGGGGAGAAACCUUUUGAAUGCUCAGACUGUGGAAAGAGAUUCAGCAACAGUAGCCAUCUUCAAGACCAUCAAAGAACCCACACAGGGGAGAGACCUUUUGAAUGCUCAGAGUGUGGAAAGAGAUUCAGUCAGAGUAGCAGUCUUCAACAGCACCAGAGAACCCACACAGGAGAGAAACCUUUUGAAUGCUCAGAAUGUAAAAAUAGAUUCAGUCACAGUAGCAGUCUUAAACAGCAUCAGAGAACCCACACAGGAGAGAAACCUUUUGUAUGCUCAGAAUGUGGAAAUAGAUUUAGUCACAGUAGCAGUCUUAAACAGCAUCAGAGAACCCACACAGGGGAGAAAGCAUUCGAAUGCUCAGAAUGUGGAAAGAGAUUCAGUUGGAGUGGCACUCUUCUACGGCACCAGAAAACACACACAGGGGAGAAACCUUUUGAUUGCUCAAAGUGUGGAAAGAAAUUCAGUGACAGGAGAACUCUUCAACAGCACCAGAAAACCCACACAGGAGAGAAACCUUUCACAUGCUCAGAGUGUGGAAAGAGAUUCGGUCGCAAUGGCACUCUUCAACGGCACCAGAGAACCCACACAGGUGAGAAACCUUUUGAAUGCUCAGAGUGUGGAAAGAGAUUCAGUCAGAUUGGCACUCUUCAACGGCACCAGAGAAUCCACACAGGAGAGAAGCCUUUUCUAUGCUCAGAAUGUGGAAAGAGAUUCAGUCACAGUAGCAGUCUUAAACAGCAUCAGAGAACCCACACAGGAGAGAAACCUUUUUAAUGCUCAGAGUGUGGAAAGAGAUUCACAUACAAUACCGCUCUUAAACAGCAUCAGAGAUCGCACACAGGGGACAAACCUUUUGAAUGCUCAGAAUGUGGGAAAAGAUUCAGUCAAAAUCGCAAUCUUCGACUGCAUCAAAGCAUCCACAGAGGUGAGAAACCUUUUGAGUGCUCAGAAUGUGGAAUGAAAUUCAGUAGGAGUGACCAUCUUCAACGACAUCAGAGAACCCACACAGGGGAGAAACCUUUUGAAUGCUCAGAAUGUGGGAAAAGAUUCAGUCAAAAUCGCAAUCUUCGACUGCAUCAAAGCAUCCACAGAGGUGAGAAACCUUUUGAGUGCUCAGAAUGUGGAAAGAAAUUCAGUAGGAAUGGCACUCUUAAACGGCAUCAGAGUUCCCACACAGGGGACAAACCUUUUGAAUGCUCAGAAUGUGGAAAGAGAUUCAGUCAAAAUCGCAAUCUUCAACUGCAUCAGAGAACCCACACAGGGGACAAACCUUUUGAGUGCUCAGAAUGUGGAAAGAAAUUCAGUAGCAGUUUCAAUUUUCAACGGCACCGGAGAACCCACACAGGAGAGAAACCUUUUGAAUGCUCAGAGUGUGGAAAGAGAUUCAGUCAAAAUCGCAGUCUUCAAUUGCAUCAUAGAAACCACAUAGGGGAGAAACCUUUUGAAUGCUCAUUGUGUGGAAAGAGAUUCAGUCAAAAUCGCAGUCUUCAAUUGCAUCAUAGAAACCACAUAGGGGAGAAACCUUUUGAAUGCUCAGAGUGUGGAAAGAGAUUCAGUCAAAAUCGCAGUCUUCAAUACCAUCAAAGGAUCCACAAAAGGGAGAAACCUUUUGAAUGCUCAGAAUGUGGGAAAAGAUUCAUUGAGAAUUCUGCUCUUCAGAAGCACCAGAGAACCCACACAGGGGACAAACCUUUUGAGUGCUCAGAUUGUGGAAAGAAAUUCAGUAGGAGUGGCACUCUUAAACGGCAUCAGAGAACCCACACAGGGGAGAAACCACUCGAAUGCUUCGAGUGUGGAAAGAGAUUCAGUCACAGUAGAUGUCUUCAUCGUCAUCAAAGAAUGCAUACAGGGGAGAAACCUUUUAAAUGUUCAAUAUGUGGAAAGAGAUUCAUUUGGAGUAGCAGUCUUCAAGUGCAUCAAAGAACCCACACAGGAGAGAAACCUUUUGAAUGCUCAGAGUGUGGGAAAAGAUUCUGUCAAAGUCACAGUCUUCAAGAUCAUCAGAGAAUCCAUACAGGGGAGAAACCUUUUAAAUGCUUAGACUGUGGAAAGACAUUCAGUCGAAGAAACUGUCUUCAAGUGCAUCAAAGAAUCCACACAGGGGAGAAACCUUUUAAAUGCUUAGAGUGUGGGAAGACAUUCAGUCAGAGCGGCUAUCUUCAAGACCAUCACAGAACUCACUCAGGGGAGAAACCUUUUAAAUGUUUAGAGUGUGGGAAGACAUUCAGUUGCAGUAGCCGUCUUUAUUAUCAUCACAGAACCCACACAGGGGAGAAACCUUUUGAAUGCUCAGAGUGUGGAAAGAGAUUCAUUUGCAGUAGCCAUCUUCAUUGUCAUCAAAGAACCCACACAGGGGAGAAAUCUUUUAAAUGCUUAGAGUGUGGAAAGAGAUUCAGUGAGAGUAGCACUCUUCAAAAGCAACAAGAACACAGAGGAAAGAAGCGCUGUUUCAUGACGGCCUUACUCAUUGCCAGAAUUAACAGCUAG